CCAGAGGAAAUACAGUCUUCAAAUUCAUAUAAAUAUUUAGAGAGAGAGAGAGAGUCGAGCUUCUUUGCUUGCUUAAUCCGGUCAAAUCCAAUUCAAUCGAGAUUCAAUGUUCUUCAAUUACGCGUUUUUAGCCGCAUCCCGUGAUCCCGACUCACUGAUUGACUGACUGACUGACUGACCGCCGCGCAAAUCAUACAUUUACAUACUUUGUAUAGUUUAUUUGAACAGAGUCUUGUUGUGAUCUUGUUCUUGAGAUUCUUUCUUGGAGUGCAUUGUCUGAUAGAAAAAUCAAUGGGAGCGGUAUGCUCUGGUGGUAUCACUAAGGCAAAUCAUGGAUUCCAGGUGCAUGCUGCAGCAAUUUCUGAGAAGCUUAAAUCUGUUAAGAGUUUUAACAAGUAUAAGGAGGAGGAGGAGGAUACUUAUUCUUCUUACCAGUCUGUUGAAAUUUAUGAAAAUAAUCAAGAACGUUUUGAUCCUCUUGACCUUCACAUUAUUUCGCGAGAGCUGAAGCCAUCAGUUCCGAUUGCCGCAGGGUCUACCAAGGUUCCUCAAACGGGCUCAUUUUUGGGAAGAGCUGGAAUUGCUGGCUUAGAGAAAGCAGUUGAUGUUCUAGACUUGCUCGGAAGCAGUGUGUCAAAUUUGAAUAGAAGCAGCGACUUUAUUUCUGUCCUGGGUGUAAAAAAUAAUAAAAUAUCCAUCUUGGCUUUUGAGAUUGCUAACACAAUUGCAAAAGGUGCAAACUUGAUGCAAUCUCUUUCCAAAGAAAAUGUUGAAUUCUUGAAGAAGGAUGUUUUACAUUCUGUAGGAGUGGAAUUACUAGUUUCCACGGAUAUGAAAGAGCUUUUGAGUAUUGCUGCUGCUGAUAAAAGAGAGGAAUUUAAGGUCUUUUCCCGUGAAGUAAUUAGAUUUGGCAACCUUUGUAAAGACCCACAAUGGCACAACUUGGGACGAUUCUUCUCGAUUUUGGAUUCUGACCGGGCACUUCAUAGAAAAGAGGAUGAAGGGGUAGAAAAGAAUAUGCAUCAAUUGACCUCUUUGGCCCGGCAUACUUCUGACCUGUAUCACGAGUUGAAUGCUUUGGAUAGAUUCGAAGAUGAUUUUAGAAGGAAAGUUGAAGAAAUGGAAUCUCUAAAUCUCCCUAGAAAAGUUUCAGGAGAGAGUGUGAUGUUGCUACAGAGUGAGCUCAAACAUCAAAGGAAACUUAUAAGAAGCUUGAAAAAGAACUCUCUUUGGUCCAAAAGCCUGGAAGAGGUUGUGGAGAAGCUUGUUGAAAUUGUCAUUUUCAUACAUCAAGAGAUACUUGAAGUAUUUGAAGAUAAAGGAUUGUCGGAGGUAGGCAAGGAUCCAGGUAAGAAGCCUGACAGACUAGGUGCCGCUGGUCUUGCCCUGCACUAUGCUAACCUUAUUAAUCAGAUAGACAGCAUAGCAUCACGCCCUAUGGCACUUCCUCCUACCAUGAGAGAUACACUAUAUCAAAGCUUACCACCAAGUGUUAAGGCAGCUCUACGCCCCCGGUGUCAAUCAGCUGACACGAAGGAGCUCACAAUUCCUCAAAUUAAAGCCGAAAUGGAGAAAACACUUAGAUGGCUUGUUCCCGUGGCUACAAACACCACCAAGGCACAUCAAGGUUUCGGCUGGGUGGGAGAAUGGGCAAAUACUGGCAAUGAAGCUUCCUCCAAGAAGGGUUGUGGGCUCAACAGCAUAGUUCGUCUUCAGACACUCUAUCAUGCGAACAAACAAAAGAUGGAUCAAUAUAUUCUGGAGCUCGUAACCUUUCUUCACCAACUGAUUGGUUCGGUUAGACAAAGAGAUAUCGGUAUUAGAACUACUCAUCAGCAGCUUAUAAGCAGGUUUCCAUCUUGUAAGGUAGUAACGAAACAGAGAAUGGCGGUUGUUCCAGUUGUUGUUGUUGAAGAAGAAGAAAAAGUUGAAAGUUUACAGUCAGUUGAAGAUAGGUGUCUAUUAGAAGAGAUGAAUGGAAAGAAAAAAAGGAAGGUUUAUGGAAGAAGCAAAAGCCAAGAUAUUAUUGGAUUGCCAAAUAAGAGAUGGACUAAAGAAGUUUGUGAUCUGAAAAGCAGUAAGAGUGCUGAUAACUCCCCUAAAAGAGAGUUUACUACUACUGUGUUUGUUGAUGAUACUAGAAUUUGAGAGAUUUAUCCACAAAAAAGCUCAUCUUUCUCAAUCUUUACAUUUUCUUUCUUUCUUUUUUUGGUUAUAUGCUAAAAGAUAAAAAAGUCAUAUCUCAAUGUAAAUAACAUUGUGCAUGGUGUCUUGGCAUGCUUGAAUUGAAUAUUUUUUUUUUCUU